UCAUAGGUGCGGAUGCAAAGAUGGCGGAAGAGGAGAGCCAGUUUGAAGAAUUUGAGCAAAUAGACUUUUUAAGAGAUAGACAUGUACGGUUCUUCCAGAGAACAUUACAGGUGUUACCUGAGAGAUACGCCUCGCUGGAAACAACCAGGUUAACAAUCAUAUUCUUUGCCCUGUCUGGACUGGAUGUGCUGGACGCUCUGGAUGUGAUUGAUAGGAACAUUAUGAUUGAGUGGAUCUACUCACUACAGGUUCUGCCUACAGAGGACCAAGCUAACCUUAGUCGAUGUGGGUUUCGAGGAUCGUCACAUAUUGGAAUUCCUUACAGCACUAAGGGUCCAGGUGUGCUGCAUCCAUAUGACAGUGGCCAUGUAGCCAUGACCUACACUGGGCUGUGCUCACUUCUAAUACUGGGAGACGAUCUGAGCCGGGUUAACAAACAGGCCUGUCUGGCCGGUCUCAGAGCGCUCCAGCUGGAGGACGGCAGUUUCUAUGCAGUGCCAGAAGGAAGUGAAAAUGAUAUACGGUUUAUCUACUGUGCAGCCAGUAUCUGUUACAUACUGGAUGACUGGUCAGGCAUGGACAUCCAAAAGGCCAUCGAGUACAUUAGAGGAAGUUUGUCCUAUGACAAUGGGUUUGGCCAGGGAGCCGGGCGAGAGUCACAUGGUGGCUGGACGUACUGUGCCAUAGCCUCUCUGUGUCUGAUGGGACGACUGGAGGAGGCGCUGAGUCAGCGGGAGCUGGACAGGAUCCGACGCUGGUGUAUCAUGAGGCAGCAGAGCGGCUUCCACGGGCGCCCCAACAAACCUGUAGACACAUGCUACUCCUUUUGGGUGGGAGCUACGUUGGAGCUGUUAGACGUGUUCCAGUAUACAAACUUUGACAAGAACAGGAGCUUCAUCCUGUCCACGCAGGAUCGGUUGGUGGGGGGAUUCGCCAAGUGGCCAGACAGCCAUCCAGAUCCUCUCCAUGCCUACUUAGGGUUGUGUGGAUUGUCUCUGAUCGGAGAGCCCAAUCUGAGGAAGGUCCACCCAGCUCUUAACAUCACCCAGAGAGCCUUUCAGCACGUCCAGCAGCUGCAGCAGACAUGGAGGGACAGCACUGGCAGCUGUAGCAGACAGCACUGACAGCAGGAUGAUCCACGACUCUGUCUGUGAACAGGUUCAGUAAUCAGGAGCAUCUAACAGUAGCCAGUUAAAGGCCACUGGACUUCUGCUGUGUGUCUUGAAGACAUUUGGCCACUCAUUUGAGAGGCCUCCUCAUUUCAGGAAACGGGAAGGUUUUUAAGACCCCAGUUACAAUUUAGUAACUUCGGGCCGCUCAUUUUAAGUCCAUGGAAAGUGACUUUUCUGUUAAGCAGUAUGCGCCAUGCUUUUCUUUUGCUGCCUUUUCAUUAUUAGAGCGUAGUAAGCAACAAUGUGCUUUGUGGUUUGUGGGGAUAAAAAUAUGUGCCAGAAAGUAAAAUCUGAGUCACUGGAGACUUGAAGAAAUGCCAGAUGCCUCUAUUUUGCAAACUUUUUAGAUGAUGCAGUUUUAGGAGCUUCCUGCUCCUCAUCAUAGUCAACAGCACAAUCUGCUGUAACCUUUCCUAGCCAAGGAUGAACUCAUUUACUUCACAGUGACUGAAACAUCCUCAAAGUGAACAAUAUUCGCUGAGACCUCAAGGAGGGCUUAAAUUGUGUCUUUAAAUGGUUCUGGAGUAACUGGUGGCCUCAGUAGCUGAAUAUUUUUGAGUUGGCUGGUGUUAUUUUAUGUGAUUUGAUGAUACAUGAGUUUGCUACUACUGAAAUGUGUCUCCUGUAUUUUACACAAACAUAGCAAAUAAGUCCCUUGUGUUUGUUCACAAACCAAUAUGAGCCCAGUUGUCAUUUGGGGGGCAAAAUUUUAAGACUGUAGAGACGAAAUCACUUGUUUCUUUUUGAUUACUCUUCCUACAUUCUGAGACAAAAGCACCACCAGGCUCUAAGCUCCCUGUACAGUUUUCUUUGCCUCUCUGCCCCUCUAACAUCUCCAUCCUCCACCUCCAGAGCCUAAAGCUCUCCAGUCCCACUGGUCAUACCAGCCGGGCAGGUAAACUCUCCCAUGUUUCUCGCUUCAGCUCCUCGCAGUUUCACCACUGCAGGCUUUUUUUAGUGAUCAAGAGAAAUUUAAAUGAUAAUAAAAAUGCUCAUGGAAAAGGCAGCUAAGAGCCAACAACCACCUCAAGGGGAAAUCAAUGAGUGAAGAAAAAAAAAUCAAAAACUGGUGGAAAGAAGAGCUACAGGCCUGAUCAUUUCAGAUCACAGAAAAUAUAAUUUAUAGUUCACAUUUUCCCUGAAGCUAACAGCAAAAUAGUUGGAGCCUCUUAAGGGAAUCCCAACAUCCCCUGACUCCUGAACCCUAAACUGAUCUGAGCUGCCCCGCCCCACCAGCUUCCACACUCCCUGCAAGGCACUAGCCCGCCUGAAAUCAAUAUGAGAAAGAUGAGACAGUGGCAUCAUAACUUGGGGAAAUUUAUUCUUUUGAACAGAAGUGGGAAUUGGUGUUAUUUUUGGAAUAAACAGGAAGCAGGGCAAAAACAAAGAACAAUACACAUGAGCAGAAUGUGCCACAGAGUGUCAGGUUACAGAAACAGCUUUUGUCUAACACAUUGCAUCCCUUUGAGGCAAAAAUGCCACUUCUGACUUCCCAGUCUUCUUGCCCAUCUUGAGCUGAGCUACAAAUUGGAAAUUUAUAAUUGUGAAUCCCAAUAAGAUCCUCACAGUGACACACUAGAAUUCUGAGUCAUGCCGUUCCUCUUGCCUUCUUUUAACACAAAAAUUGCUCCUGAUUCCCAGCAAAUGUAAUUUCCAGCUUCACAGGUUCCUCCAGCCUCCCUGCUGAAGCCCCACCCUUUUAUUAUAAGACUGCUGUCACAGCAAACACCUGCUCCCUGAGAUGACAAGUGAGGAGGAGACAAUAUCACAGCAGGUCAGAAAUACAGCGGCCACAUGUCACCUGCGGGAGUCCGCUGUGUGUAGCACCAGUUCUGGCUGGAUAUGAAAACACAAUAUCACCUCUGUGGUUUUCCUUCCACUAUCUAAAUGAAGCUGUACCUGGCCUCUUCUCCCUUCCCGCCAAGUCGCCCUGUUUUUCAGAUGUAGAAAACAGAGCAGGCAGACAGAGGAAAGGAGAGAAGAGGGGAGGAGAGGUGAAUAAAUAAAUAAUUUGACACAUCUAUUAUUAAAAGUAAACUGACGGAGGCUGGAAUCUCCUCUCUCAACCCCCCAAGCUAACCUCCACUGCUGUAUAGCCUUAUUUUGGUGCAAAAUCAAUCUCUCUCUAGCCAACUGCGUCUUGUGUUGCUGUGUUGUUUGAUGUUACUCUUUGCCUAAGACAGUAGGCUUUGCUACAGCUGCUUUUGCCGACUUCUCCUGCCAUUUUUUUUUUUUUAACAAAUAUUUUGUUAGUAAACAUUAGAUAUUUUUAAGAAUUUCACUUUUGGGAAAGUUCAGCUAUGACUUCCAUUGCUGCUGAAUUGAGCCUCAGACACACAAAUAAUAUUAUAGUACAAGCUUUUGAUUUAUUCACCUUAUAAUAUUCUGGUAUUUGUCUUUUUUUUUUUUGGUUAUUUAGUUAUGAAAUGCUCUAAAUCUGAGUGGUCCUGAGUCAGUAAUGCACUGUAAGAGAACAGCCAUGUCUCCCAUGCAUCCUCUCAAGUGACUUCUACUACUUUACAACCCUCCUCCAGCUGGGUGCUGUCCUUAGUGUACAUAGGCCAAGUCACAUGGCAAGACUACGCUCUCAAACUUGACUCUGAAAUGUGCCUCACGUAGCAUUGUUCUGGGUCACCGCUCUCUGAAUGCUCUCUUCUUCCAUUGUCUGAUUUUGCUACAUGUCCAGCAUGCUUAAAUUGGGUUUAGCUUGGCUGUUUGUCCCAAGGAAGGCUCUGAAUAUACACGUGUUCUCCGGAGGGAUGGAGGAAAGGUGUAUCCUAAAUCCUAGUGAACGUUCAGGAAGUGGAACACCUACUCUGUAAACAUUUUCCUCCUCCGCUCUUUGUAGCAAUCACUUAUCCAAUCAGACAGAAGCUGACUGGCAGAGAUCAUUUUACCAGAAUCUGACUUUGUCCCUUCAUGUCUGAUCGAUAACGCAUUUCCAGAAGGAGGGAAGAAUUCAUUGAGAUGGAACCCACAAAUACUUACUCGACUUAAAAAAGGAUGAAAGAUUGGAUGAAUGGAUUUGCCACUUAAAGCAGUUGUUACAUUGCGUCAGCUUUUUGCUACAUCAUGCUGCAGUCCGUGCUCUCAGUCCCACAGCAUGUAAAGAGGGGACCGAGGCUUUGCGCUUUUAAGACGUCUGCAGUGUUCGGAUCGUCUCGAGAUGUCAUGUCAAGUCUUCUGAGAUGCAGCCAAAAUGCCACACAUGGUCAACCUUGAACCCUUGCUCUGUCAUCGACUAAUAUACAUAAUGUAAUAAUAAAUAAUGUAACAAUAAAUGUAAUGGAAUUUAUUUUUUCUAUGCUUUGUAGAGAUAUUGAGUGUAGAUAAAUAUGUAAAUGUCUAUAAAUAUGUGACUUCUAUUGUGCAAGUGCUCAAGAUGAAAAAAUGUUUACAGCUGCAUCAGUGAAACGGUUUAAGGAAUUGGAUAUGCAAAUGUUGAUAUGUGAUGUAUUAUAAUACUUCAGCUUUGAAUUUGAGGACAGUGAUGUCCAUUCUAGCUUGGCGGUGCAUAUUGUAUUUAUGAUGAAUAAAAACAAGUACUAACUUUUACGAUUGUUCUGGUUUCAGUCUGAGUUCAGGAUUGCUUUUGGUAUCAAGACGAAAGGUGUUUCAUCCCCUGCGGAGCAUGAACGUGCUCUGAAAAUGUCAUGGCAAUUCUUUUAGUUUGUGAUGUUCUGUGCAAAGUUGACUUUUUUCAGUUCAAUUUCAAUUCAGUUUAAUUUCUAGAGCCCAAUGUCACAAAUCCCAGUUGGCCUCAGAGGGCUUUACAGUAUACGACAUCCCUCUGUCCUUGGACUCUCACAGUGUACAGUAUAAGGAAAAAUUCCCCCACAAAAACCCUUCAUAAGGGAAGAAAGAGGGGUGCUGCGAUAGGGUUAACCUCUAGAAAUCCCAAGUGUUUAGUUGGUCUAAAGCAAACUGUCCAUUAGGUUUUGAUGUAUCAAAUAUCCUGUCCUGUAAUGUGUCCUGAUGAUGGCUCUUAGUGGAAAGAUCGUUGACUCACCAAAAACAUUAAAGGAAUAGUUAUUUUUUUUUGGAGUGGAGUUGCAUGAGGUCAGACAGCCCUUUCCUUUGGCACUACAUUUCCUCAAUCCCACAAUUUCCAUAUUUCUACACAUUUCUCUCUUUUGGCCCAUUCAGUCUCCCUCUGCAAAAGUUCUUCUGUAUACUCUGGUCCAUGAAGGUAUCUACUUAUCUCCACAUUGUAUAUUUUAUAGUGUGCACAGUGCAGUUGGGCUUUUACGUAAGAAUAUGGAUGUUCUACGGUUGAGAAAAUGUAGUGCCAAAGGAAAAGGCUGUAGGCUGUAACUACACUUAGCAGUGACGCAGACCUGUCUAUUUUGUAAGCUGAAACAAA